GUGUCUGCAAUCGAUUACGGAGAGGCACGAGAGCCACUCUAGGCACGCUUUGCAACGUCGAUUUAACUCGCCUCCAGCUCGGCGAAUCGACGCCUCUAGGCUCGCCUCUAGCGUCGCUCUUCGAAGUAUCAUCGUCGCCCCCUAGAAUCGCCCCGUCGGCGUAUGCCGCGAACGUCCUGCUGCGAAAGUCGCUCCCGUCACGCAAAGUUCUGCCACAGCACGGUGCUUCCUGUAAAUACGCCUCGCUUCCUUGCCUGUCAAAGCACGCCGCACUCUUCAGCAGCUAGCUACGAAUUCUCAUUCCCAUCAUCAAUAGCAGCUCCGUCAUCUCCGCGUUGUCACUCACCCUCUCCCUCGGCACGUACCGUACCCAUCGGGCGUAGUACCGUACCCUCCGCGCCCCGACCUCUGGCACAAUUCAGUGAAAGGAGAACAAAUUCGGCCAGCAAAUGGCGCCUGUCCUCCUCGGUUCGCGGCCCCUGCAGCUCACGCAGCCAUCCGCGUGCCUCCGACCUAGCACCGCACGUGCCUCGCACGGUGUCUUUACAUCAUCCCCUAAAUCUCUCUCGCCAAGGAGCGCGACCGUGUCGAUCCCUGCCAGUACUACUGCAACUACUGCUUCUACUGCUACUGCUACUACUACUCAUGGCGUCAGUCCUCGCACUCUCACCGCUAGCCGCCGCGGAUGGACCCCAACGUUCCUUCUCUCCUCGUCCUCUUCCCUCCUUCACGCCUACCCCUCCUCUCGCCCCCUUGACACCAAACCGCUUCUUUCCGCCAACACUAGUGGCACUAUCGGCACUUGCGGCAAUGGCGGCAGUGGCGGCACUCCGAAACCCGCUCUGGGCUCCAGAGCUAGCGAGUUGACCGGCUCACCUCUGUCGGAGAGUCUUCGUCGUGUUCCCCGCAGACCCACCGCCGUGACCGACGGCUCUUCCUCCGCUCCGCGCAGCAACGUCCUUGCGGCUGUGGGCGGAAGCGGCGGGCGGGGAGCGGCGUCAUGCGCGGGGCUGCGCAGUGGCGGUUCUGCCGGUGAGGGCUUGGGUGCACGCGGCGGAGUGAGCAAAGCCGCGCGAGGGGGAAGCGGGAUUGGCGCAUGGCGAGCGGAAGAGGCGCGGGGGAGGGGGCGGGGGGUUAUUGUGCGCAUGCUGGUGGACGCAGGCGCGCUCGACGAGACGAGAUUCCGCGCAAUGCGCAAGCGGCGGGUCGUAUUCGCGCACGAGGACUGGAAGCGCCACACGUCCUCGUUCCGCCACGUGCGCCACUUCCGCAACAUCCUGCUCUCCAACGUCGUCGGCGCUGUCGCGCCGCCCGCGCUCACCGUCGCCGCGGUUGCCGCCGCCCUUACCGCCUGGAACGCGCUGCUCGCGGGGAACGCGGCGGAUAUCGCGCCGCUAGGGGAGGCGGCAGCGACCGCAGCAGCGGCAGUGGCGGCGGCGACGGGGGCCGGGGCGGGGGGGGCGGAGGUGGGGGGGGAGCUGCCGCUGCUACCGCCGGUGCUACCGGUGCUGCAUAUGAACGCUCUGCCGUUUAGCCUAACGAUUCCCGCGCUCUCGUUCCUUCUGGUGUUCCGCACUAACUCGUGCUACGGGCGGUUCGACGAGGCGCGCAAGAUGUGGGGUCUGAUGCUCAACCGCACUCGCGACGUGGCACGGCAAGCACUGUGUUACAUGGGCCGAGACACGCCCGUGCCAGACCCCCCUCCCACUAGCUUUGGUGCAUUCACCAACGGCGGUGCUGCUGCUGCUGGGAAUGGCGGUGCGUUUGCUGGUAAUGGGAGUGUUACCAGUGUUACUGGUAAUGGCAGUGCUACCACUAAUGGCAGUGGUACCACUUAUGGCAGUGCUACCACUUACGCCAAUGCUACCAUAAAUGGCAGUGCUGUUGUUAAUGGCAGUGCUACCACUAAUGGCAUUGCUACCACCAAAGGCAGUGCUACCACUAAUGGCAGUGCUACCACCAAUGGCAGUGCUACCACCAAUGGCAGUGCUAUCACCAAUGGCAGUGCUACCACCAAUGGCAGUGCUAUCACCAAUGGCAGUGCUACCACCAAUGGCAGUGCUACCACCAAUGGCAGUGCUAUCACCAAUGGCAGUGCUACCACCAAUGGCAGUGCUAUCACCAAUGGCAGUGCUACCACCAAUGGCAGUGCUAUCACCAAUGGCAGUGCUACCACCAAUGGCAGUGCUACCACCAAUGGCAGUGCUACCACCAAUGGCAGUGCUACCACCAAUGGCAGUGCUACCACCAAUGGCAAUGGAAACGGUGCUGUUGCUGCUUCGGCUGCCGCACGCAUUGACGGUUGGGAGAGGGUGGACACUGCGGUGAUGGUAGCAGAACGGUCCAAUGGCAAACCAGUGGGGCACGUGGACGGGCAGGUCAAUGGAGUGGUGAACGGGCAGCUGAACGGGCAGGUCAAUGGGCAGCUGAACGGGUGGGUAAACAGGACAGUGAAUGCUGCAGCUAAAGGGAUUUCGUUGGGAGCAGCGAAGGCACUUGUACAGAGGACUGGGGCAGCAGCAGCAGGAGCAGGGGCAGGGGUGGCAGCACGGGCACGUGACAAGAGGAUUAGGGAGCAGUUCCUGCGGCACCUGCAGGCGUUUCCCCUGGUGUGCAAACACCACUUCGUGGACGAGGGCAGCCUGGAGGGCGACCUCAGGGAGCACACAAGCCUGAGGGAGCGUGAGGUACAGGGUGUGCUGGCAGCGGUGCACAAGCCCAACUACAUGCUGGAGGUGAUGGGCGAGGCCAUGCAGCGCUGCGCGUCCCUGCACCCCAUGCACCGCCAGGCCAUGGAGUCCAACCUUGCCACCUUUGCGGACGACGUGGGCGGGUGCGAGCGCCUGUUCAAGACGCCCAUCCCGCUCUCCUACACCACAAUGACCAGCCGCUUCCUCUUCCUCUUCCACCUCCUCCUCCCCCUGGGCCUCUGGGACUCGUGCGGCCUGCUCACCGCACCUGUGGCGCUGCUGUCUGCGCUUGUCUUCUUUGCGGUGGACGAAGUGGGGAUUCUGAUUGAGAACCCGUUUCUCAUUCUUGCGCUCGAUGCCAUCGCACAGUCGGCUCGCAUUAACGUGGAGGAGAUGAAGUCCUCCCAGUCGCACAUCACAUCGCUCCUAGCUGCCAAUGACGAGGUGAUGAUGCAAGAGUAUCGGGUGGGAGUGAGGCAAGUGGUGCCUGUGGACCAAGUCCCGGAGAGGCCUUCACGGAAUCAGGCGCAGCUUGAGAAGGAGGAGCAACAGCAUGAGAGGCAAGGGAGGGAACGAGUGAGGGGCGUGAAUGGGGUGUAUGCUGGAGGCUGGGGGAAGGUGCUUGUUGGAGGAGUGAGGGGUCCCUAUAGUGAUUGGGACUGGGAGUAGGUUGUGGAUUCUCGUUCAAUGUAGGUACUUACUAGCUUUGCUUGGUUUGUUCAUUGUCCGCGUCGAAACGUGUUGUGUACAUUUUGUCAACUUACUCAUAUGUGUUACAUGGAGCAGUUAUAGGAUAGAUGGGUAAGUG